GAGGCGGACGCGGGCGAGCGGCAGGGACCGGGAGGCGCGGGUGCAGCUGUGCCGUCGGAGGGGCGCAGCUGCCGUCUCCUACAACCAGCCUUCCCUCUGCCUUUCUUUUUUGCCUUCUAAAUUCUUGUUUACUUUUUUGCCCCCUUUGUUUCUUUUCUUUCUCUCACAAGACUGGGAGCAGGAUCCGCGUCCUUGAAACUGCUAUGCCAACUGAACUCUCCCGGGCCGUGAGGAUGCACGCCAUCUCCGACCUCCACUCCUCCUUCGCCCUGAGGCUCCUCAACAAGGGUCCCGAGUACCUCCGCAGGCAGAUGGAGGCAGGCAGCCCGGGCAGGAGAAGUGCCGUGGAGAGGCUGGCAGCCGAUAAGGCCAAGUACGUCAAAAGUCAGCAGGUAAUUAGCACCAAGCAGGAGCCCGUCAUCGUGUUUAGCUCUGCCUCGGAGGGCAGCAGCGAGACUUGCUCGGUGGAGAGCAAAAAAAGCAGCCGGGACUUGGGGAGAGGGAAGAGCGCGAAGCCCCUGGAGCUGGCCAAGGCGGUGUACUCCUGCCGGGCCCCCCUGCAGCACGGCCCGCCCAUAGCCAGGCGCAGCACCCCCAGGAGGCAGAUGCGGCCGGAUUCCCUAGUGAUUUACCGGCAGAAAUGCGAGUCUGGGAGAGGUCAAGGCCAGGACAGCUCUCGAGGGAAUGUGGUGAGGAGGAUCUUUCACGGGUCCAUAAAGGAGAAGCAGCUGACUUCCCCUGAGAUGCCCAGAGUCAUGGAGGACGCCACAGCCACCGAGAGCAAAGAGCUUCUCUCCUCAAAAGACAGCGACCGUGAGCCAAGCACCCAUGGACUGGAGCAAGCUGUGGCUGUGAGCACCAAAGCCCCAGAGGUAUGUACAAGAGAACGUGAGAGACCCUCAAAACUGAAUAUAACUCCCGAGGAGGUGAAGGAGGUGAAGAGGAGAGGUCUCCAUCGCUCGCAGUCGGACAUCAGCUCUCGCUACUCCAAGUCCUUCUCCGAAUUCGAUACAUUUUUCAAGUACUGUGGCCUGGAACAGGAGGUCAUCGAGGAUCUUGGGAGAGAGAAUUUCUCCGUCAUGUCUGACAACGUCUCCUUCAAGUUCCGCAGCAUUAGCGUGGCGACAUCUGAGAGCGACUUCACAAGGCACAGCGGGGAUGAGGGGCUGCUAGAGGAUGAACUGACAGAACAGGUCCCGAGCAGCACCUCGGUGAUUGAGCGCAACGCUCGGAUAAUCAAAUGGCUGUACACGUGUAAGAAAGCCAGGGAGGCUAACAAAGCGAUCCAGGAACUGGCGUGAUAGCUUCUUCCAGCUUGCGUUGCAGCCUGGUGAGCUCAAGAGUCUUUGACUUCGAAGUUGACCAAAACCAGACUCAGGAAGAAACUUUUCCCUCUGGCUCGUGACUACUUUGUCCAAGUUUACUGUUUUAUUAUUGCCUCCUACCCUUGCCCCCAUCCUCUGGAAGCCUCACUCUUGUCACAAGCACAGAGGCGUCUAAGAGUGUGAUGACAUGUGGAGACUGUGACCUGUGUCUCAUCAAGGCAGUGGGAAAUGGAAGCUCCUGAAAAAGCAGAGAGUGGAAGAAGCUGCCAUCCAUGAUAAUAUCCAGCAUCAGCUCAAUGGCCCAGGAUGCCAUUCUGGGCUGGAACAGAAGGUUUGUGUUCUGCACUUGUUUCUUUCAAGCAAUGAAUUGUCAACGGGGAUGAGAGGAGAAAGUGGGAAUGAAGUGUCAAUGACUUCUGGGUCAGGUGUUUCCUUGCAGGCAGACAGGCUCCACCUGCAUGUUCAAGGGCUGCCUUACAGUGCUGUUUCACCGGGGCUCGUCCUUACACCAUUAGAUGUUAUUUGCUUGGCUGUUGAGGACUAGCUGUGGCGGCUUUAGCUGGGAUACUUGGCAAACAUGUUGUAAGCUAAAUCCCUGCCACACCCCUCUUGAGAGUAUUGAUGACAAAUUUGAGUACCUCAUCUCCAUCUAGUGUGCUCUGAUGGUUGAUUACUCAGCCAGUGGGGAGAAGUAGUCUUUAAAAUCGUGCCCCAGAUACUUUCAGAAACAACAACGAGGCAGAGUUUUGCAGAAUGGAACAAUUCACAUGUACAUAGGCUGGUCCACUUCAUUUGCUGUAUGACCCUCCAAAACCGUAGAAGCCAAAGUCAGUUCCCCUUUCAGUCACAUCAACAGUCAUCUGUGAGGGCUAUUACACCUGUAUAGUGACUUUACCUGAAGAUCCUGCAGAGGUUGAAACUGUACUUUGUGUUACCUGGGAUGUAGUGUCCUGGUGGCCAUCUUACCUAGCUGCCAGACCUGCAAUGGGAGACGUCCAGAAAUACCAGCUUUCAUUCUCCACAUUCCUCCUGUCUGCACCAGAGCAGCUCAUUUCACUGCCUCUCCUCUCCCAAAACAGCUGUUAGCACAGCUGGGUGGAUGCCAAGCUCAAGAGAGCACUUGAGCUGCAGUUCUCAAGUGUUUGCUGCCCCAAGCAAAUAUGUCUGAAUAAGUGGAAAGGGCAAGAGUGAGCACUCAGGAUUCAACAAAACAUUAAUGGUAGGAGGAACCUAUUUUACCUAUUUUAACCUAUCUUGUUCUGCACUGGAAGAGCUGUUCUUGAAGUGGUGCUCAGGCAGUUCAGCUAGCAUAAGUUAAAGUCACAGCAAGAUGAUCCAGACUGCAUUUUCAUAUGUGGCUGUCAGUCCUUGGAUGGUUCUCAGUUACAAGGGGUAGGAAUGCAGGGCAUUUCUUUUCAUUUUCUAGUGUGGUGUACUAAGGUCUACAUGCCUGAAGUUGUCGAGACAGAUAACAAUUCUAGAUAAAAUAAUUCUCCAACCCACUUUCCAGUUUAGAGAGAAUGAAAUGGUUUUGAUGAGUGAUUUUCUGCAGGCUUCAGGGGAAGGUAGAAGAUAGAGAUGUGUUUGUUAAAUAAUGACAUUUCCAUGUAUAUUUGUUACAUUAUUAUUAAAAGGUGAUCCUCAGAAGACUCCUACUCAGGAUGCUGCUAAUAUGGCCAGAUUUAUACAGUGUAGGUUUUUAAGGGACACAGUCCUGGUGUAUGAGUCUGGAACACAACCUGAUGGGUCUGUAUUUCUCGUGCUUAGUUGGCAGGAUGCACCUCAAUACUUAGAUACAUUUGUCAGAGCAAAGGACUGCUUCUCUCUGAAAUAUAUGGGUGACUGCAGACAGACCAGAGUGCAGGAAAAGUCUUUUGCUUUACAAGUCAGUGCCUCACUGCAGAAGAGAAUUGUUUUGGUUUGUUCCCAAGAAGAUGGUUGGGUUCAUUUUCAAACUUCCCUUUGGUUUUGCUCUUUUUGUUGAGCAGUUCCUGAAAAUUAAGAUGAAAGAUGCAUCGGCCAGGAGUGUUCAGUGUUUAAUGUGCUAGAAAGUACUGAGCAGCAACCUUUCUCAAAAUCAGUGAAGGUUUUGUGGCAGAGGUUAGUGAAAUUAGAACUGGCCCCGUUCUGAAUGUGUUUUGGAUCCUUCUUGUUGUCUUUAUGGACAGUUCAGUGUGGAUAUGGUGACUUACCAAACUGACUUCCCUGGCUUCGUUCACACUCUGAUAGAGGUGAACCCAAGCUCUCCCAGGUGUCAUUUACUUCAGAGACAAUGUGGACUUAUCUAAGGUCUUUUCCUGAUAAGCUGUAGAUCUCUCUGAUUAAAUAAUAGCUCUGGAUAAGCUGAUAACCUACCUUUCCCAGUAUGCCAGAAAACAGAAGAUGACAAUCCUUUCCCUGCACAUUUUGGGAGUGGGUAAUUCAAUGUUUUCUCCAAAGCCUGGGAGUUCUGGACUUUGUUCAGCUCCCAUUACUGUUACAUGUAAAGGUUUCUCCUUCCUUCUGCUGGGUGUUACAGUCCUGUGCCUCAAAGUGAGAAAAGCUUCCUAACAUUAGUCACUACCUUUUUUUUUUUCCCCAAAACAAUUCUCAAGAUUACUUUUUACCAUGUGGUUAUAGAAAACGUGCUUUGGAUGGGGUGAGAUUUUCAGGUCUAGUGAUUAACUGAGGUACAGUGGGCCAUUGCAGUAUGAACAGAACUUUCAGCAAUGGAGUUGGCUUUCCAGUCUUUUGAGAGAUGAAGAACUGGAGCUGAGGGCAUGGGCAAGUCAUAAAUUGAAUGAUUUAGUUUGACUAGAGAGCCGUGUAAACUUAAAUAGUCAAAUGGGGUACAGGUGUGUAGUGCUAACUGUUGUUUACAGCCACAUGUGGCAAGGUGCUCCAGUGCCACGGCAAGGGGCAAUGUCCACAGCUGUAGUGCAACAGACUAAAAGUACAAAGUCUGUUUUUUAUGGCAAGUAUUUGCAGUAAAGGCAGCAAAUAGAGACUGUAAUCUUUGCAAUAUAUUGUAAAUAGUGCUGUACAGAAAGAUAUAUGUAAGAAAUACAGAUCCUUCUCUAUGUACAUUACUGUCCUAAGCCCUUGUGUUUUGUGAAACCGAGGGUCACAUCCUUGGGGAAUUAAGCAGAAACUUUCUUCUGGUAGCAGGCUGUCCUGACAUUGCCUUCUAUGAAGUUUCUGGCGUCAGGUUUUGAAUCCUUUGAAAUGGAGUACUGGUCAGCUCUGAGACAGCCGUUUUGAAGCUGCUGUGUUUAUUUUCCUAGCAGAGAACCUACGGUACUGUUCAAUGUGUACAAAUAAAGCCACCGCUCUGAAAGCUA